UGGUUUGAAGUCGCAGUAAACUAUAUUAAGCAGCAUUAUUCAGCAACCACACUCUGAAAGACGAAGAGAAACUUAAUCUCUCAUUUUCAAAAUGAAUAUGAAUAUUCUGGGGUUUCUUCUCAUUUUAAGGCUAUGCAUCACCAUAGGAAUCAGGGCAGAACCUUCAGUGGACCAGUAUGGGUUGAAGGGGGGUUCAAUAUGUCUGGCUGUUGCAGAACCUCCUGAGAUGAUCAAAGGACUUAAAUGGAGGAAGGACAGUGAUGUUAUAUUUGGAUAUAAAGAGAUCUCUCCUAAAUACAAGGAGAAGGUGGACUAUAACAAUGAUAACCAUUCUCUGUGUAUUAAGAAUCUGUUGAACACAGACAGUGGAAUUUACAUGGCAAACUACCGGAAAAGUUGGAAAGAAUCAACUACUACAUAUAGACUAUUAGUGGAGGAUCAUGUUCUCAAACCAGUCAUGGAUGUCACAUCUCUCUUCAACACAAGUGUGGGACUCUGUGACGUCACAGUGAACUGUUCAGUUAAAGAUGGCUGGAUGUUGUCUGUCUGUGACAGCGGUCAGUGUACACUGUCACAACAGUCUCCGUCACUAACCGGUGGUAACAUGACCAUCUCCGUAUUGACUGGAAGGAUCCAAUGUACCAGCAGCAACCACGUCAGCACACAGACCAUCUCUCAACCCAUGGAGGACUAUAGUGGUGAGGAUGGGAAUAACUCAGUGUUACCAGUUGGCACCAUUUUGGGUGGUGUUACUGGCACUGGUAUAUUACUCCUAUUUGCUUGUGUUAUGUGGUGUCAGAUACAUCAAACUUACCAGAAGACAGAAAAUCCCUAAAGAACAACAUUCACUAGAAGAGGUCAUUGUUUCAAGAGCUUACAACUCAGUGAACACUUCAUCAGGGAGAGAAGAACCACAUCACUCUCCUGACCAGAACCACAGCCCUCUCCUGUUCAGAACCACAGCCCUCUCCUUUUCAGAACCACAGCACUCUCCUGUCCAGAACCACAGCCCUCUCCUGUCCAGAACCACAUCACUCUCCUGACCAGAACCACAGCACUCUCCUGACCAGAACCACAGCCCUCUCCUGUUCAGAACCACAGCCCUCUCCUUUUCAGAACCACAGCACUCUCCUGUCCAGAACCACAGCCCUCUCCUGUCCAGAACCACAGCACUCUCCUGACCAGAACCACAUCACUCUCCUGACCAGAACCACAUCACUCUCCUGAUCAGAACCACAGCACUCUCCUGACUAGAACCACAGCCCUCUCCUGACCUGAACCACAGCACUCUCCUGUCCAGAACCACAGCACUCUCCUGUCCAGAACCACAGCACUCUCCUGUCCAGAACCACAGCACUCUAAUGGACAGAACCACAUCACUCUCCUGUCCAGAACCACAUCACUCUCCUGUCCAGAACCACAGCCCUCUCCUGUCCAGAACCACAGCACUCUCCUGUCCAGAACCACAGCACUCUCCUGACCAGAAUCACAUCACUCUCCUGAUCAGAACCACAGCACUCUCCUGUCCAGAACCACAACCCUCUCCUGUCCAGAACCACAGCCCUCUCCUGACCAGAACCACAGCACUCUCCCGUCCAGAACCACAACACUCUAAUGGACAGAACCAGAGAUACAGACUGUCUACUUUACUGAGAAGAACCAGCACCAGCAGAACACCUCCAAGUUGAAACAGGAAGUGCAUCACCAGACAUGAGAGCAGAAGAACGGGAAGGUGGGCCUCUGAUGUCACAUCAUACAGUCAUUGGGUUACAUCAGUUCUCGACCUUGUACAGAACCCAUGGGACAUUACACCACCUAGUGGACAUGAUUAAUAGCAGCAGAGUAAACCUCUGGGCUUCAUUCAUCAACAUGUGUCUAGAUUCAUCAACGUGGGUCUAGAUUCAUCAACGUGUGUCUAGAUUCAUCAACGUGUGUCUAGAUUCAUCAACGUGUGUCUAGAUUCAUCAACGUGUGUCUAGAUUCAUCAACGUGUGUCUAGAUUCAUCAACGUGUGUCUAGAUUCAUCAACGUGUGUCUAGAUUCAUCAACGUGUGUCUAGAUUCAUCAACGUGUGUCUAGAUUCAUCAACGUGUGUCUAGAUUCAUCAACGUGUGUCUAGAUUCAUCAACGUGUGUCUAGAUUCAUCAACGUGUGUCUAGAUUCAUCAACGUGUGUCUAGAUUCAUCAACGUGUGUCUAGAUUCAUCAACGUGUGUCUAGAUUCAUCAACGUGUGUCUAGAUUCAUCAACGUGUGUCUAGAUUCAUCAACGUGUGUCUAGAUUCAUCAACGUGUGUCUAGAUUCAUCAACGUGUGUCUAGAUUCAUCAACGUGUGUCUAGAUUCAUCAACGUGUGUCUAGAUUCAUCAACGUGUGUCUAGAUUCAUCAACGUGUGUCUAGAUUCAUCAACGUGGGUCUAGAUUCAUCAACGUGGGUCUAGAUUCAUCAACGUGGGUCUAGAUUCAUCAACGUGGGUCUAGAUUCAUCAACGUGUGUCUAGAUUCAUCAACGUGUGUCUAGAUUCAUCAACGUGUGUCUAGAUUCAUCAACGUGUGUCUAGAUUCAUCAACGUGUGUCUAGAUUCAUCAACGUGUGUCUAGAUUCAUCAACAUGUUGUGAAGUUGUUUUAUACUAAAAUCUUUAUAUGUUCUAGUAUGUGUUAUUACUAAACCACAAAGACCACAUUUUUCCAGAUGUGUCCAAUCCCAAAUGAUCCCCUGGCUCAGGUUUACACCACAUUGAUUGUAGGAUCAGAUAGGUGUACCAGUCAGCAGUAAUAUGGUAUUAGUUCCACCUACCCAUCAAUGUUAUGUAUAUGAGAGGGUAGACUUGACCUAAUCAGGCCACCGUAGAUGGAUUCUUUGACAGUAUCUAUUGAGCCAUCAAAGAAAAACGUUCUUUUUAUAUCAGUCAUCUUUUAAACUGGAACACAAGUAUUUAGAAUCUCUGUAACAAUAACCUGCUACGUUCUACUGUGCCUUGUCCUUCCUCUGAAUUUGGAAGACACCGGUAGCUACACUACAUGACCAAAAGUAUGUGGACAUCUGCUUGUCGAACAUUUUAUUCCAAAAUCAUGGGCAUUAAUAUGGAGUUGGUCCGCCAUUUGCUGUCAUAACAGCCUCCACUCUUCUGGGAAGGCUUUCCACUAGAUGAUGGAACAUAGCUGCGGGGACUAGCUUCUUCCAUUCAGCCAUAAGAGCUUUAGUGAGGUCAGGCACUGAUUUUGGGCGAUUAGGCCUGGCUCGCAGGUAUUCGAUGGGGUUGAGGUCAGCGUUCUCUGCAGGCCAGUCAAGUUCUUCCACACCGAUCUCGACAAAACCAUUUCUAUAUGGACCUCGCUUUGUGUACGUGGGCAUUGUCAUGCUGAAAAAGGAAAGGGUCUUCCCCAAAAUGUUGCCACAAAGUUGGAAGGACAGAAUCGUCUAGAAUGUCAUUGUAUGCUGUAGUGUUAAGAUUUCCCUUCACUGGAACUAAGGGGCCUAGCCCAAACCAUACAAAACAGCACCAGACCAUUAUUCCUCCUCCACCAAACUUUACAGUUGGCACUAUGUAUUGGGGCAGGUAGCGUUCACUUGGCAUCCGCCAAACCUAGAUUCGUCUGUCGGACUGCCAGAUGGUGAAGCGUGAAUCAUCACUCCAGAGAAGGCUUUUCCACUGCUCCAGAGUCCAAUGGCGGCGAGCCUUACACCACUGACACUUGGCAUUGCUCAUGGUGAUUUUAGGCUUGGGUGCGGCUGCUCGGCCAUGGAAACCUAUUUCAUGAAGGUCCCAACCAACAGUUCUUGUGCUUACGUUGCUUCCAGAGGCCGUUUGGAACUCAGCAGUGAGUGUUGCAACCGAGGACAGAUUAUUUUUAUGCGCUAAAUUUGACAAAAUGACUUGUCCUAUGAAGGUGCCACGUUGAAAGUCACUGAGCUCUUCAGUAAGACCAUUCUACUGACAAUGUUUGUCUAUGGAGAUUGCAUGGUUGUGGGCUCAAUUUUAUACACCUGUCACCGUGUUGCUGAAAUAGCUGAUUCCACUUAUUUGAAGGGGUGUUCAAAUUUGUGUGUAUGUAUAGUGUAUUAGUUACCAUACCCUAUAUUGUUGGAAUAUGCUACAGAGAGAUGUUGAACUUAUACUUCAUUCUAGGAGUCACAAAACAACAAAGCAAAUAAUUUUUAUAUCUCGGCCUUCUUGAUUGUUUUCCUUUUCAUGACCUGUUGAAUGUGCAGCCUUGAAGGAACCUGUAAGAAGUGUGAAUGAUGUUAACACACCUUGCUAUUUCAAUGUACCUGUUGACUAGGAGUUUGCCUGACCUCUGAACCUUUUAUUGUGAUGAAAUGUAAGUUUACAAUAACUAUGUGAUAUAUCCACCCCUGAACUGUGUUAUGAUUGAAUGUACCUGAAAACUGUGAAAUAAAUACAUAUAAAUCUUUAAAA